GAAACGUCCCGAUAACUCCACAAAUCUCUCCAAAUUCGAAGCAAUUGCAUUAUGCCGCGGCGACGGGACUACAACGACGACGCCGUGUAUGAAGAAGAGGAAGAGGAGGAGGAGGAGGAAGAAGAAGACGAGAGCUAUAGACGACGCAAACGGCGCAGAUCCGAUUUUAUUGAUGAUUUGGCGGAGGAAGAUUAUGACGACGAUGAUAAUGGCGGCACCGGUGGUAGUGGUAGACAACGCCCUAGAAGGAGGGCUGCUUUGGAAUUCUUCGACCUCGAAGCUGUAGAUAGCGAUGAUGAUGAGGAGGAGGAAGAAGAUGGCGAAGACGGUACAACUGGGAAGUUGGAAACGCUUCUUCUUGGGGGUCAAAUCCGGAUUAUCAGUUAUCUAGUCCUCGUUCAACGGCAUAUCAGGAGUAGGGAAUCCUCGUUCAACGGCGUAUCAAGCACCUACUCCUAGUUCUGGUUAGGCCAAAACUCCGAGAGAUAAUUACAAUGAUGCUGGGAUCCCAAGAGACAAGUUUCCUUUUUCAGGAAUCAAAAAGGAGAGUUACGUUGUCAUUUUGGAUCUUUGUAUGGAGAGUAUAAUUUCAUUUUCUUUACUCCAUGCUGUAAUGCUCCAAGUCCUUACUUGCCAUCAAUUCCUGGUAGACAACCACCAAUGACACCGCGUUCAGCAUAUAUACCUGGUACUCCUGAGAAGUGGUGGUUGUUGAGGUUUUUGUUAUUUAAGAUGAAAUAGUCUUAAAAUAAGGGUGAAUGAGAAAUAGAG